GAUAAACACUCCGCGGCGGUGGCGGCUGCUGCUCUUCUCCGGGUUCUGUCACGGUGUCGGCGGUGCCCAGCUCACCGGCCCCCUCCCCCUUCUGGAGAGCGUGGUCGCCCGAGAAGCUUCCUCACCCCUGCUCGGCGGGGUCCGCAGCUGGGCGCGGUGUCCGGCGGAGGCAGCGAGUUCGUGGGCUGUGGGGGUUGGUCCCGUGGCUCCGGCCCCCGGUGCAGAAUGGCGGCGGCGGUUCGGAUGAACAUCCAGAUGCUGCUGGAGGCGGCUGACUACCUGGAGCGACGGGAGAGAGAAGCUGAACAUGGUUAUGCCUCCAUGUUACCAUACAAUAACAAGGAAAGAGGUGCCUUAAAACGGAGGAACAAGUCCAAGAAGAAUAACAGCAGUAGCAGAUCAACUCAUAAUGAAAUGGAAAAGAAUCGACGGGCCCAUCUUCGCUUGUGCCUGGAGAAACUGAAGGGGUUAGUGCCACUUGGACCUGAGUCAAAUCGACACACAACGUUGAGUUUAUUAACAAAAGCCAAAUUGCACAUAAAGAAACUUGAAGAUUGUGACCGAAAAGCCAUUCACCAAAUAGAUCAGCUUCAGCGAGAGCAGCGGCACCUGAAGAGGCAGCUGGAGAAGCUGGGCAUCGAGAGGGUCCGGAUGGACAGCAUCGGCUCCACUGUCUCCUCCGAGCGCUCCGACUCCGACAGGGAAGAAAUCGAUGUAGACGUUGAAAGCACAGACUAUCUCACGGGGGACCUGGACUGGAGCAGCAGCAGCGUGAGCGAUUCUGACGAGCGGGGAAGCAUGCAGAGCCUCGGCAGCGACGAGGGCUACUCCAGCUCCAGCAUCAAGAGAAUAAAGCUCCAGGACAAUCACCAGACGUGUCUUGGCCUCUAAGAGAAAACGGUCGCCCCGGCUGCCUCCCGGAUGGUUCUCCCUGUCGGAUCUGAUUAGGUAGUGUAUCGGACCUGCCCACAAUUCCCUUGCACGUAGACGUCAGUGUACCACCUUCACCAAAAUCAGCUUUGUAACAGUGUGAGGAAGUGCUUAGGACGGUGGGCCUCUGACUGCAUCCGCUAGCUUCUCUCGCCAUAGAAAUUCGUCUCCGAGAGACCGUACAUUCCUAUCAAUUUGAAGCACCCAAGAAUUCGUAGACUGAAUAAGCAACUUUCACAUCUCAGCAACUCCCCUCCUUCUUUAUUGUCCCCGUGUAGUCUACCAGACCGUUCUUAAAGUUUUCUGGCUUCCUCUGUGACUUACCUAGCAGAAAUGUCCGAAUGUGUCUUGUGCGUAGGAAACGGAAGGAAACAAACUUUUAAAGCUGAGAUCCUGAUCUCAGAACUCCAAAGUCAGCUUUGAAAGCAGCUUUUAAGAGCACUUAACCAUGGACCUUACCCUAGUGAGGAGUCAGGAAUACCUCCAGAAAACACCCCUUUGCACAUCCCCAUGCUAACUCCCUGUUCUGUGUGGGGAUGGGCGCAGUAUUUCUCACUUUGUAACCGGACACCUUGACAGCAUGUCUUUGGGGUCGCACAGCUUAUCAGAGUUCCAGCCUUGUUUGUUCUCACAAACAGAACGGUACAAUCUCUCCUCUGUGCGAGGCCCCUGGACCGCGCCGCCGCCCGCUCUCCCGGGGCCUCUUUCCCCCUCACAGUUUGUUAUGCUACUUGUCUCUGGAAUAUUUUUUUUCCUACCUCAGAGAUAAAUGAGAUCUCCAUUUCCCACUUAACACAAAGUGAUUAUGCCUCUUCUUUUUCCCCCCAUCCCCCCAAAUAAGUGACAUUUGGUCCAAUUCUAAUCUAUUUUCCUAUUUAACUUUCAGCAAUAACUGAGCUUUGGCACUAGCUGAGCUAGUGUCCAUCAUCAGUGAAAGGAAAAGUCCACAUUUCUACUCUGUGUUGCAGGUGAUCAGGAGAGCGUAGUACAGUGUUACUAGGAUUCCUCUCCUUAUUUUUGGACACACCCCAAAACUUCUUAAUGGAGGUUUUGGGUAGAUAACUUAAAAGGCUGAUUUUUUUUUUCUUUAUGAUUUCCCCUUAAGUGGUCUCCCACUUUGUAGCAUUUUUAUUUAAGCUAUAAACAGAGCACAUGUAUAUGUACAUAAGACACAUUAAAUCUAUAAAUACUAUUUAUUCAUUUUAUAUAUACUAAUGUAAUGGAAAAAUAAAUUCUUAUGACUUUGUGCUUUUAUAGAUGUUCUGGAAACUUUGUAUGUAGGAAUCUACAAAAUUGGUUCAUUUCCCUUAAUAUUUUUGCAUUCCUAUUUUUGAGGUCUUGAUAUUUUUGGCCUCAGGCGAAUCUUUUUCAUUGAAUUCAAACCAUUUGUAAAAUCAGUGACGCUGAAUCUGAGUGUGUGUCACAGAGCGAUGAGAACAUUCCUAAAAUCCACAGACGCACUGCAACCUAAGGGCUCAACCUCGGGACGGUGGCAGGCAGCAGCCCGAGCGCCCGCCCUCCGUCUUCAGCUCCUCCACCUUCCACACGACUAGAAUAAAAGUCCAAACGCCCUGUAACAGGAAGCUCGUUCUCUACGUGAAGAGCAGUCUAAAUGAAGCAAGAUUUCUUUUGAGUUUGAUUUUUCGAUGUCAUAGUUCCUCAAUUUUUUCACUGGCAGUAGUGGAUUCCUAAAUGAUUCCAAAGUCAUCUGUAAAUCCUUCUGGUUUUGUUUGGUUCUGCUUUUUUUUUUUUUCCCUUCUUCAUUUCAGCUUUGGGUGGGGGAGGAACAGGCAACACAAAGGAUUUUUUAUUGUUGGAAACUUUUCCAAUUACCAGCUGAAGAUUUGCACUGAAAUACAACUAGUAUGCCUUUUGCAUUUUUAAAGCCUGCUUCCCGAAUUUAAGCAAAAUGAUAGUGUUCCAAAAGCCAGCUCAUCCUGUAACGUGUUUGCAAAGAUGUAUCUGCACUUUGAGGUCCCUUUGGUUUGCCAUUCCUAGACCUCGCAAGCAUUUUGUUUAAUUGCUACGCUCAAGCGCCUCACGAGUCCACAAUGCUGGAUGCUGUACAGCAUCGAGAACUCAAGACUGGGAAAAGCUUGUGGGCUUGGGUUGGGGGAGGGGAGGGGACAAAAAUCUGUGUAUUUGCUUAUUUAAUUUAGAAAUUAGGCAUCUGAGAGAUGCCAUUAUUUUCUGUUUUAAUUGUUGUGCCUUUGAGUUAAACUGCAUUUUUUUGGUCUUUGGUUAAAAUAUGAACUGUAUUGUCCCAAUAUAAAACAGUAAUUAUUUGACCUUU